GCGGACGGGCCAAUCGGAGGUCCGCGGGCGACGCAGGGGGGCCUCGGCCACAUGAGGUGCGACGCGGGCGGCCCGCUGGUGUGGCACUCAAGGUGGAAGGCGGAGGCGUGGUUGCACGACUCGGACUGGAUCUGCCAGCAGCAUGAGAUGAAUCGCAGGCGGGCUGAGCUUGGCAGUUGCUACGACCACGUGACCUGCGCGGAGUUUGCGUCGCUCGAGCCGAUCUGCCGCCAGAUCCAGCUCAUCGAGGAGCUGCGCUACGAGGACACCGUCACCGCGCAGGUGGGCGCGUGGGACACGACAGGGGGGAAGGACAAGAGCGCCGAAGCCGCCAGCGAGAACUUGCUGGCGAUGGAGGCGGACCACUACAUGGGGGGUUCGGCGAGCAUGGGCAACCGGGCAACCUGUGCGUCGCAGCAGCCUUCGCGGAGGGUGCAGGCGCUUCGGUGCCACCUGGGCGAGUCCUGCGUUUUCGUGGGGGCCGCGCUUCCACCAGUGUUUUCACGAUGGACCCUGGAGUUCGCCAGCGUGAUGUGCUCCCCCUACCUGCUCUGGCGGUGGGCGCCCGCGCGGAAGCCUGCCGCGGCCGUCGGGGGCGCCAGCGCGCCCAGCGCGCGCGUCAAGCCCUGCGACAAGGACCUGGUGUCCUGGCCUGAUCUUUCGACGGCUCCAGUUGAUGUCGCUGAUCUCGUCGGGGAGGCCGAGCGCGAAUGUUUGUCGGGAUGGAGACGGACCAUGCUCAAGAGUGGGUCGUCUGCUUCAGAUCUGAGUGCGGCUUCGGUGCCGCAGCGUCCUCGCGUCGACCCGAUUUUGGGCAACAGCCCCAGGGCCUACGCCGGCUUCGUGGGGGAGUUGCUGCAGGGUGGUAGGAUCCCUUUCCGUGUGGCGCGGGUUGGUGAUCCUUAUAGCUUGGGCUUUUUCUUUGUCGAGAAGGUUGGCAAGGGCGCGCUUCGCCUCGUCUUCGACACGAGGGUGGCGAACGAGGGUUUCGCGGCCCCGCCCAAGACCGCGCUCCCCACGGCGGCGGCGCGGGCCGCCCUGGAGUCGGACUACCCCGCGGUGCUGGCCCAGGGCGACAUCCAGUGCGCGUUUUACCACAUGCUUGUGCCGAAGGGCAUGGAGGAGCUGUUUACGUUGCCCAUUAUCUCCAAUCGUUUGCUCAAUGUCAAGCAGAUCGACAGCGUGGCAGCCGCGGGCUACGUCGACAACUUCGCCAUCGUGGGGGGCGACCCCGUUGCUGUUACUUCCGAGAGGGAUGAGGUGACCCGCGCGCUGGAGGCUUGGGGGCUACCUGUGCACUCGCUCGACACCGCCUCGGCCGUAUCCGUGUUCACGGGUCUCGAGAUCAAUGGCGAGCUUGGGGCCGUGAGGGUGAAGCCUGCGAGCGUCGUGCGCCUUCGGCAGGCGCUGCUGGCGGUUUUGCGGCGAGGCGCCGCCUCGCCUCGCAUGCUCGAAGUCCUUCUGGGUCACAUCGCGUGGACGAUGAUCUGCAAAAGAGAGACCCUCUGCAUCCUGUCGUCUGUAUACGCUUUUAAGUCCCAGAAAGACCCUGGAGUCAGGCCCCUGUGGGCCUCCGCCAAGUUCGAGCUCUGGUGUGUGGCUAGUAUUUUACCGUUGUGGACUUCGCACAUGAAUAUCCCCUGGGGCUCCCACGUCCCGGCUUCGGACGCCUCGCCUAUCGGUGUGGGCGUGUGUACUCGCAGGGAGGUCGGGCCUCGAGUGGCCGACAUUGGGAGGCAGGCGGAAAGGUGGAGGUAUCGUUGUACUGCGGCGGUUUCGGCACGAUCGAGCGCGCUGGGCCUCGGAGGGCCCCCCGACGACUUCGACGUCAUCGAGGGGCUCUUGGACUCGAACCCUGAGGGCUUCUGCAAGGGCUUCCACGAGAUCCCCGAGGAGCUCAUGCAGGUCUCGUCGUGGGCCACCGUGAUCUCCAGGAGGCAUUGGAACCCGUCCAAGAACAUCCUAGAUCGCGAAGGAGUGGUGCGGGGGGCCCUCAGCUUCUUCGAGAACGCCGCGUUGUCGGACCCCGCUCGGGCUCGGUGCCGCUGCCGCGCCCUGCGCGCCCUGGGCUGGUUGGGCUGGCACGUGCUGAACUUCUCCACCGCCAGCCAGCUGGACAGCAUCCUCGUGUGCUGCCUGACGGACUUAUCCCUGGACGGCUUCGUCACAGCGACUGGGAGGAUGACGGUCGCGGCGAUGCGCCACCUCCUGCCGCUCAUCCCAGUCGGGAAGCGGCCACCCCCGCGGUCGGUGCGAGCCCUCGAUGGUGGGCGUUGCCUGAUGCCGCCACAGUUGCGCCUGGUUCCUCCUCGCUUGGUCGCGGCUGCAGUCGCAGGCUGGCUGAUUUGGAGGAACCUGCCCAGCCUGGCGGUCAUCGUGGCGCUGGUCUGCCACGCAUACUUCAGGCCGUCGGAAGCCUACAGGCUGCGCGUGGGCUCGCUGGUGCCGCCGAUCUCAGGGUCGGGCGUCAACCCGUGGGGCAUCGUCGGGGGCGAAGCGAAGUCGGGCCGCCGUGGCGUGGCUGGGGUGGUGGACGAGUCGGUGCUGGGCGACGUUCCCGAGCUCUGGCCCGUGCUGCACGCGCCGGUGCCCAGCGCGUUUGCGGACGCCAGCCUCUGGGACUUCAGGCCCGCCGUGGUGCGCGCGAUGUUCCGCCAGGCCUUGCGCGAGCUGGGGCUGCAGUAG